UCAUGAUAUACAGCUAUCAUAUAUAUAUUAGUAGUGAUAUCAAACAAAUUUCAACUUAAUCUAGAAACUUGAAGAUCACCAACUUCUAGACUUAAACUCGAAAAUAAAGGCAUAGUUAUAAGAUCUCACAACUACAACAUCCUUCUCCAAGAUGACUCCUACCAACAGCGCAGCUUUACUUACUGAGCCCAAGGCCCAUCCCCUAAAGGUCGAAUCUACACCCUACCCAACUGCUGCGGAUGGCGAAAUUAUUGUUAAGGUAGCUUCCACCGCUAUUAACCCCAUGGACUGGUACAUCCAGAUUUUGGGAGAGCAGUUGUUCUCUUGGCUUCAAUACCCCUACAUUGGAGGGAGCGACGUCGCCGGAACAGUAGUCGAAGUUGGCCCCAAUGUCAGCAAAUUCAAGGUCGGCGACCGCGUGUCUGGUCUUACAGCCGGAUUUGACGCUCGGUCUGGCGGGUUCCAGAACUACGUCGUCCUCAAAGAAAAGAUCGUCGUCUCCAUCCCGGACGACUUGGAAUUUACCGAAGCCUCCGUGUUUCCCCUGGGAAUAUCUACAGCAGCCUGCGGCCUAUACCAGAAGGACUUCUUAGCACUGGACUACCCAAGUGUUGACCCGAAACCUAACGGCAAGACACUGCUUAUUUGGGCCGGCGCAUCAAGCGUCGGCACAAACGCCAUCCAGCUUGCCGUGGCCUCCGGAUACGAGGUAUACACAACGUCGUCGCCGAAGAACUUCGAGUACUGCAAGGGUCUUGGUGCCUCGCGCGUGUUUGACUAUAACAGCCCCACCGUCACGCAAGAUAUCAUCGAAGCUUUCAAGGGGAAGACGAGCGCAGGCGCUUACGCGAUCCAGAUCGGCUCGCGGAAGCCCGUGUUCGAGGUGAUCAGCAAAGUCGAGGGCAACAAGUUCGUAGCUUGCGCUAUGGAGCCGGCCGACGUCCCCGAGGGAGUCCAGGCCAAGAUGGUGUUCGCCGGCACGAUCAAGGAUAACGAAGUCGGAUCCCUCAUCUUCGACCAGUAUCUCCCCGCCGCCUUAGCUCAGAAGAAGUUCCAGUGUCUGCCGAAGCCGUUGGUAUUCGGCCACGGUCUCGAAAAUAUUCAGGGCGCGAUCGAUUUAGGGAAGUCGGGUAGUGUCUCGGCUAAGAAGAUAGUCGUUACGCUAUGAGACGCGAGCAAAUUCAAAGUGAUUAGAGAAGAGUGUAAUUGUGAAGUGAUAUAUGAUAUAUGAAUGGAGGUUCUGUAAAUUUAGCAGUUACACAACUGGCAAUAGAACGGGCUUAUACCAAAUGCUGCCAAAAUCUUGCGUGAAAUUGUCCUAAAUCUUGAUAUCUUGGAAUGUAAGACUUCCUUUCCAGAUAAGUUCGAUUGAAAGAAACCUGUUAGGAACAUUGUCUUAGCACAACCUGUCAUUGAGCAGGACCUGAGAUGGAAGAACCAUUAAAGAUUUGAUCCACUCACUCCACCACCAAGUAUACAUGACUGUAUUAGUUCUAAGUAGUAUAACUUAAUAUCUACCUCUUGAUCGAUAUUAGUUUACGUUUUUAGUUCGAUUUUACUUCCGUAUAACUAGAUUAUUAAAUCAGCUCCUACCCAGGGAGACUAAUGCUUCCAUCCAAUCAACCCCCUUAGCAAGGACUGCAUUGGGUAAGGUAUGAUAUCUUUAGACAAGAAGCUCAUCGGGUGCCUGUCAUAUGCCCAUGGUAUAUCAUGAAGUCAAGCAUCUUGCGCCUCUGAUUGAACCAAAGUUACCUGUACUUACUUAAUUGAGGGGUCGUACAGGAGGAUCGAACAAACUCAACAGAUACAUGUCAGGGAUGCUACUAUUCAUGACUGGUUAGCUGGGAUCCAAGCAUGUGGAUAAGAGGUAGACAUGAAUGCAUAGCAAUAC